GCUUCAGUUCAUUUCUCCGUUGCUCUCCUACUCUGUUGCUUCGUUCUUGAUUCUGUCUGAAAUCGAAUUUAGGGUUCUUCUUACUGCAAUCUCGACGUCUACCUAUGAAUUGCAAUUGAAAUCUUUGGCGAAUCGAGCUCAAAUCUGUCCUCACUCGUGUUGAAAUUUGGUGCUUCUUUGUCUGACUGCCAAUCCGAGUGCCAUAACAGCCAGUCAACACAAUGGCCUAUGAAUUGACUGAGCAAAAAAAAGUUGGACUUGGGCUGAUUGGUUUUGGCUUAUUUUUCACAUUUUUGGGUGUAAUCCUUUUCUUUGACAGGGGAUUGCUUGCUUUAGGAAAUAUAUUUUGGUUAAUUGGAGUGGGACUUUUACUUGGUUGGCGUUCUACGUGGAAUCUUUUUACCAACCGAGCAAAUUACAAGGGUUCUGCAUCCUUUCUUCUUGGCCUCUUCUUCAUUUUUGUUCGCUGGCCCAUAAUUGGCAUACUCUUGGAGAUAUGUGGCUGUUUUGUUCUCUUUGGGGGUUUCUGGCCCUCAAUUAAAGGGUUCUUGUACCAGAUUCCAGUUCUUGGGUGGAUACUUCCAUAUCCCAUCAUGAUUCUCGAAAGUCUGUGGAGAGGCUCACGUUAAUCACUUCAAAUCUGUAAGCGUAUGUUCAAAUGACAGUUGACAACGAACUAAUCCAAUUGUAAUUAGAUUUCAUCUACAGAUGCUGCAUUUGAAUGGAAGAUCCUGAAGGUUAGUACAUUGAUUCUCAGAUUCUUUAACUCUGGAAAAAAAACGCGGUGAAGCAGCAGAUUCAUAAUAUAGCUUUUGCAUGUUGUUUGGAACUUCUUACGUGGUAUACGUGCACUUUACAUUUUUCUUUUGUGCUGAAGACUGGAACUGAGCAUGAACAUUAGCUCUCUCCCUUGANUGUUUU